GGUGGCCUUUAGUGCGGCCCUCAACAAUACACAAAGAGUGAAAACACCCCCCACCGACAUCACCAUCGUGCCCACAAUGGAGUUGUCUUCUCGGCGAAAGGGCCACCCCCACCCCAUCUCCGAACAUUAGCGAAGAGCACUGAACUAUGGACUUAGGUCUCCUCAAGUCUUACAUUAUUGCAAACUUUGAUCGUGCUGUUUGUUGCUGGCCGCUUGACGUUUCGGCCCAUUGGGCCCCUGUGCUCAGCAACAACAAGAACCUUGGCGCCUUCUCUGCUUGUUACACAGCAAGCGUCUUCUGUGCAGUGUCAAACUGAACAAUCAGCCUUGGGUAUUGCAUCGGUACAAUUAUUGGGCCACGAAUCUCCAAUCGUUGGUUCACAAGAGGGCGGUACCUUGUGGGAGAAUGAGCUUUGAAUGAGGAUCAUUGCCCGAAACGUCGCCGAUUAUAUAUUUCGUCAUGUAAGGCAACAGUGUUGGUGGCAAAUGUGUUGAGUUUUGUAUGUGUUGUAUAAUCACCGUGGGUACCAACGGUAAAGUAUUUUGGCACGACGAGACUUUAUAUUUACAAUAGUUACCCGAGUGGGUGGGUUGGUGGGUGGGGGAGGCGUAAGCUAAAGGUCGUUGCCACAUCACCUGGCGUCAUAAAUGUAAACCAGCAUCCUGCCUCACUCACCAGUAGUAAAUCAUUGUCAACGUCCCUCUUUCUGCAACAACAGCUCGCUUGGCGCCUCUGCCCAACCCACAGUGCGCGUCCUUGCCGACCAUGGCGCACGAAGACAUCGACCUGAGGUGCCCAAUCUGCCUGAGCACUUUCGCCUGCCCCUCAACGCUCAGCUGCGGACACUCCUUCUGUAUCAAGUGCCUCGAGGACGCGUGGCGGGCGGCGGACAGCCCGAGCAGAUGCCCGCAGUGCCGAGCGGUCUUCCACGUGCGGCCGCAGCUGAAGAUGAGCGUGGCGCUCGCCAGCAUGGUGGAGCGGCUGCGAGCCGGCAGUCCCAAACGAGUGGAAGAGGAGACACGAGCGGUGGAGGAGAGGGAGGAGGCGGUGGCCACCGUCAGACGGAUGGAGGAGGAGGCGGUGUCCACCGUUAGACGGAUGGAGGCCACACGCGAGGACGUGCAGGAUUCCAUCGUCAGGUCCAAGGCUCGCAUUUCGGGCAAGUUCGCCCGCAUGAGGGCGAGGCUGGACGAGGACGAGGUGGCGUCGUUGCGUCGCACGGACGUGGCGGGGCACGAGCUGCUGGUCUGCGUCGAUGAGAGCAUCACUUAUUACACGCGGGAGGUCGGCGAGCUCCAGGCGGCGGCCAAUCGCCUGCGGCAUCUCGCGCAGGAGAGCGGCUCGCUCACGGCGCUGCAGGGCCAUAUGAAGAUGAUGCUCAGGACCGAACGCUCCCCCCCGCCCGCACCCCCACCCAGCGACUUGUCAGUGCUUGAUGACAUGAGCUGGCUGAGUGGAGUUGUGGAGAAGUUCAGGCUCUCCACUCUGUAUGGUUGCUCACCAACUCUGGACCCAAACUUAGCCGAUAACAAACUUGAGAUAUCCUUGGACCGCCACACGAUGACACGGAGUGGUGGCAGCCAGCCUCAUCCCCAUCGUUGCCCACAGAGGGUCGACUGGUACUACGAAGCCCUCUGCUCCGAGAGCUUCUCGUCGGGUCGACACUACUGGGAGGUGGACGUGGGAGGCCCUGGGUGGUGUCAAGUCGGAGUCGCCUAUCGAAUGUUCCCACGGAAAGGGAGCGGCACUUCGAGCCUCGGCUCCAAUCGCACGUCCUGGAUUUUAUGGAAAAAUGACGAUGGCUGCUCAGCGUGCCAUGACGGGGCGAAGACCUCACUGUCCGUGGAGCGGCCUCCCUGCAGAGUCGGGGUCUACCUGGACUGGGACGCGGGGCUGCUGUCAUUCUACCGCACGGACACCCUGGAGCUGUUGCACUCGUUCCGGCACGCGUUCGCUCGCCCUCUGCACCCCGUGCUGUGUUUAGGUGACGACAAGGAAUCGUUGACGAUUCUGGAUCUGAGUCCCGCGUCCGCUCCCCGGGAGUGAGACCGAGCUGCCUGCCGUGGUGCGUUGCCGGGGUGGAGGGGGCGGCGCUGCGUUUCUCCACUCGGCAUCACAGGAGGCCGACCGAGCGGACCGCCAAAACGAGACGUCCCCAUUGCAUCAUGAGCCCUUCCCGUCAUACUGUAGGGGCCUAGCGGGGGACACGGCCAGGAUUGAGUGUAGGGGUCACACAAGGGGUCACACCUACAUAAAUAAAUAAUUAAUUGAAGAAAGGCGUUUGAUUU